CCAAGUGGGCAGUAGCACCUGAUCAGGAGAGGUGAUGCUUCCAGGCACAGCACUUCUAGACGUUGGUCCUAACAACAGCGUGUAGGACACAUGAUGGUGUCUCUUUACGUGUUAUUAUUAUUGUGUUUUAACCAAAUAACUCCUGUGCUGUCACCAGGAUGUUGAUCUUUACCUUUCAAGUGCGGGUCUUCUGUUAAACAGGUGACUACUGAUGAUUACGCUUGGUCACCAAUAAUAGAUCUUAACAGAAAAUGUACUUUAUGACACACAUACAACUCACUUGCGUGUGUGUGUGUCUGUGUGUGUCCUUGCACUGCUCCAGAAACAUCAACACCGACACGUUGUAAUUGUCAGGCGACGAGUUGGGUACUGUGUGUGUGUGUGUGUGUGUGUGUGUGUGUGUGUGAGAGAGAGAGAGAGAAAGCAGAGACGGAUUCGGAUGUCAUCUUUCUAUUAUAAGACAAGUGACUCACUCUCUUCUCUUCUCACGAGCACAAACCUCCGGGCUGAGGAUCACACGAAAACCCCAAAGAGCUUCUGAGGCUUCCAAGCUUCUCAUUUAAGCAACCGCGGAUCCGUUUUCAUCCUCCCUCCCGUCUCGCUGUGCGUGCUGGUGUUUGUUAGGCGUGCUCCAUAGCAACGCUUAUCUCGUGUCUGGGCCAUCCAGGUGAGCGCGGGCACACCUGUAGGCGAGGAUCAGGGCGGUCGGGAAUGUUCUUCCUCAGGAAUGUUCUUCCUGACAUGGUGCGUGUCCUCGUCGUCCGUCAUGUUGGCGCGCAGGUACACACACACACACACACACACACACACACGCCCGCAGGAGGAAUGUCUCUGACGUGCGAGGAAACGAAUGGAAAGGAAUCAUGCAGAAGUUUCUAAAACCGGCAGACAACAUUCAGAUGAUGAUGCUUUAAGUGCGGCUGAAAAAUAGACAGCGUAGAGUAAUAUAAUAUUAAUAGGCAAUAGUUUACAUUGUAAAUGAAAGUAAUUUAAACGAGAGAAAAGUAUAAAUAUUUGCUCCGUGAUUUUAUUUGAUGUAAACAUUUGCAAAAGCAAUUUACAAUUGAAUUUGAUUUCUUUCAAAGAAAAAAAUUAAGUCAAUUUAAGCCAAAAUCCUAGUUUCCUCUCAUUGAAACUGUUACUAAUAGAACAAAGAACUCCAUUUCAACUUGUAUGCUUAUCCUUUGCCAGUGAUUGUCUCCAUCCAUCAGGUUGAUUGCUGCCAUCAGGGUGUUGGUUCGCUUUAGGCCUUUUUGUGGCUCGUGCCCUUCUAGGGUCGUUGUUCCGGGACACAUUGGACUAGACUUAAAUCUCUCAACCAUUGGAUGAAUUAUUGUUGACACCACGGUGGAUUUUGAACAGCUCUGGAGACGUUCUGUCUCCGGCCAUCAGAAGCCAUCAGAAGCCAUCAGAUUUGAAUUCGUUGAAUGACUUGGUUUGUGGACUAGAACAUACUAAACUAAAUGGCAAUCUACCAGAUGCUACGAAACCCACAUGCUCAUCAACUAACUUAAGCGAGACCUCAUCAGACAGGUUCAGCAGGAAUUCGGGCUGAGUCAUCGAUACGAACGGGUGGACUUAGCCCGCCUCUCUCUCUCUCUCUCUGCUUUCACCCCCAGAGCUCAGGAGGAGAUGGGAUCGCGUCGAGCGGCGCAGCAGGACAACGCCAACGCGUGAGCGGUCCCACGCGGAUCUAGAACACGGACCUCGAACCGACCGCAAACCUCGCCCCCCCCCCCCCCCACCACCACCCUAGCCGGGGAGGAGAUGAAGAACUGACCACGGUCGGAGCAGCGGGGCGACAGAAGCUACAGCUCCAUCCAUCCAUGGCGGGGCCCAAGCGCCACCGCGACGGGAAGAUCGCCGGCCUGUACGACCUGGACAAGACGCUGGGACGCGGCCACUUUGCCGUGGUAAAACUGGCCCGCCACGUAUUCACCGGGGAGAAGGUCGCGGUGAAGGUGAUAGACAAGAACAAACUAGACCCGGUGGCGCGGGCGCACCUUUUCCAGGAGGUGCGAUGCAUGAAGAUGGUGCAGCACCCCAACGUGGUGCGCCUCUACGAGGUCAUCGACACGGCCACCAAGCUCUACCUCAUCCUGGAGCUGGGAGACGGGGGGGACAUGUACGACUGCAUCAUGAAGUACGACGGAGGCCUCGCCGAGGAGGUGGCCAAGUGUUACUUCGCCCAGAUCGUCCACGCCAUCUCCUACUGCCACCGGCUGCACGUGGUGCACCGGGACCUGAAGCCGGAGAACGUGGUGUUCUUCGAGAAGCAGGGCGUCGUCAAGCUCACCGACUUCGGCUUCAGCAACCGCUUCCAGCCGGGGACGGCGCUCAGCACCUCCUGCGGCUCGCUGGCCUACUCGGCCCCCGAGAUCCUGCUGGGCGACGAGUACGACGCCCCCGCCGUGGAUAUCUGGAGCCUGGGGGUGAUCCUCUUCAUGCUGGUCUGCGGCCAGCCCCCCUUCCAGGAGGCCAACGACAGCGAGACGCUGACCAUGAUCAUGGACUGCAAAUACACGGUGCCUGCACACGUCUCCCGUGCAUGCACAGACCUCAUAGCCCGGAUGCUGCAGAGGGACCCCAAGAAACGGGCGACCCUGGAGGAGAUCGGGGCCCACGGGUGGCUCCAGGGCGUCGACCCCUCCCCGGCCACCAAGCUGUCCACCCCCCUGGUGUCCCACCGCAGCCUGUCGGAGGAGGAGCACGGCUCCAUCAUCCAGCGCAUGGUGCUGGGGGGCAUCGCAGACCGCGACGCCAUCACCGAGGCUCUGGAGUCGAAUCAGUACAACCACAUCACGGCGACUUACUUCCUGCUGGCUGAGAGGAUGCUGAGGGAGAGACAGGAGAAGGAGCAGCACAGCCAGACACGAUCACCCAGCCCCAGCAAGGCCCAGUUCAGGCAGUCCUGGCCCACCAGAGUGGACGUUCACCAGGACGUCAGUGGCGGCCUGGGGGGUCCGACUAUCUCCCACCCGGGGGGGCCGCAGUCGCCCGCCCGCAGUGCCGAGAGCCUCCACCAAGGCCCCAGGCCCAAAACGGCCCUGCUGGACCUCACGCAGGCGUCCAGCCAGCCGCAGCCCGCGCGGCACAUCCACGAGAGGGGGCCCCGGCCUCCGGCGAAGCCCCACUCCAACCCCCUCAGGCUGGGCUCCCUGACCUCAGUGACCCCCUGCAAAACCCGCAGUCCCAGCCUCUUCAGCGUGGAGGAGGACGAGGAGGAGGAGGAAGGUCUCGAUAAAUGCCCGUCGCCCUCCUCGUUCCCCGCCCAGGUGGUGCUUCGCUGCAAAUCCUCUGCCUCCUCGUCCGCGCCCGCCAAUCGCCUGACGUCCCGUAUGAGCGCUCCGCUCCUCAACCAGAUCCACGAGGAGGAUAAAGAGGAGGAGGAGGAGGAGGAGGAGGAGAGGAGGGAGAUGCACGGAUUCGGCCCGCCCAAACCCAGCUUGAGCCUCGAUCUGACCUCCAGAGUAGCCUCCCUGGCACCGGGCGCCGCUUUCACGCCGAGCCCGGGGCCCAGUGACGACGGGCCGCGGGGCCGCCACGAACCAGAGACGGCCACUGCGGGGGGGCGGGCAGAUGAGGGAGGAGGUGGGGGGGAGGACGGAGAGACAAGGGGGCCGGGCCAGUGCAGCCCCUCCGACUGCACCAGUCCUGGAUCGGGCUCGGGCCGAGGCAAGGCCGGCCCCAAGGCCGCCAGCGGCCUGGUGGAGAGCUUGAAGCUGAUGAGCCUCUGCCUGAGCUCUCAGUUCCACAACCUGACGGGGGGAGGAGGAGGGGGAGGCGGGGGAGGCGGGGGAGGUGGAGGAGGAGGAGGCGGCGCCGUGAGCGGGGGCGGCGUCGCCGGCGGCGGCGAGGCCCAGGACCGCCCCGUGUGGAGGAUGUGCAUGGGCGGCUCCACCGGCAGCCUGGACAAGGUCUCGCUCCUGGGCGGCCCCUCCCCCCGGGGGAACCCGCACCACCAGCAGCCCCCGCUGAGGGACGCGCUGGCCGACCCGCUGCUGGAGGGCUCCUGCGCCGGCACGCUGCGGCUGGGGGAGCUGGACCUGGCCCGGGAGAACCACCGGAACGCCAAGAGCCGCGUGCUGCAGAUGCCCCUGAGCGACAAGACUCUGUCCGUCAACAUCCACCGGAGCACCAAGGAGGGUCUGCUGUGCGCCCCCACCCCGCACAGCUGCUGCCAGGUCAUCUAGGGCCCCUCCCCUCCCCUUCCGCCGUCUCGCUGUUCCCCCCCCCCCCCAGCUUCUUUUGUGCCGUAUUUAUUAUUAUUUAACACUUCAUAGACGUCUAUGGGAGCAGAGGAGUCGCAGGGUGGAUGACAGGGAGGGAGUCCAAACUAGUCCUACUUUGCACAUUCAGAGACGCUAAAAAAGGACACUGGGUGCCACGUGUGUGGAGCACUUUCUGCAGAUCAAACAGGAACCCUGAAGGAACCCUGAAGGAACCCUGCCCCUUCAUUUCAUCACGGACUGUUGUUUUAAUAGAAGAGAGACGUUCACUACGGGAACGGCGCUCACACACACACACACACACACACACACGUACACGCUGUUUGUGCGCACUUUGUGCACAUCCACGCGCACGCCUCUGCUCACUCUCUGAUAAGCUGGAUACACAACGAGUUCGUUGUGUCAUGUCACCAUUUGUGUUUCUGUUGUUCUUGAUGCUGUUUUUUUCCCCCCCCAGACAAUCAUUUUAUCUGUUUUUUUUAUAAAUUCUGAUAUUAUGUGUAUAUUUGUUUUUGUUUUUUUCUUCACUUAAACGCGGACAAAGAACAGGGUGAAAAUGGACUCGACGGCACUAAAGUGUGAUGUGUCCAUCACAGUAUUUUGUAGUCCUAUCACUGUUUUAUUUUUCUAUACCAGACGCAGAAGAACAAGGCCUCGCUCACUGGUCCACUUGUUUGUAGAUAUGUGAAUAACCUUCCUAGCAGUAGUGUUGACGGUGAAGUUGUACCUCAGUAGUAAACCUGAAUACUAGAACAUGUACACGCCAUUUCUCUCCACUCCUACUGGAUCAUCCACGGUGGGGGGGGGGGUGCAGGUUCCAACCCAGAAGACCCCCCCCCCAGUGUAGGUCCCGUGGCGUCCCAGCACCGCAGUAGCCACAGUUGUAGCACAUUCCAAGACAACAAAAUCAACACAAAAAAUGGGGGCGGGGGGGUUUCAAUAGAACACCACACCACACCACCGCCGCCCCUCCCCCCCCCUCCGAGUGUCGGUCCGUGUAACUGGAUGUGUGACCCCGCCCCUGGUGGAGUAUGUAACUUGAUUGGUGCAUGCGUCUUUUGCUGUAGCGGCGUUCUUCUCGCCCUCUGGGCUCGAUCCACCUGCUGCGAAGCAACAGAUUCUAACGGUCACCUCACCGUAGCCUCACAACGACACCAGCGACCGCAAAAUGUACAACAAAAGUGGAUGUGCCAUCGAAAAACCUCUUGUCUUGAGCAUAUUGUACUGUACUGUAUAUGAUAGAUAUAUAUUAAAAGGAAAUGACGUGAAUGAAGUCUGUUUUUUUU